CCAGUGAUUCGGGACACCUGGAAAAUUUACCAUGUGUUCCUGGAUAUAAGGGUAGUACAGGUUGGGCCUAGGUUGACGGUUAAAAGGCAUAGCAUCAGAAGGUCUACCCAUCCAACUGCUAUUCGUCAUACCGGUAUACACCUUCGGGUUGUUUUUAUAACUUAAAGGGAAUUGUGAAGGAAGGUGCUUUGGCUGCAAGACUUUAGGAGUCUUGGAGCCUGACUUUCUAUAAGGUGGAGCAUGCGGAACACCUCCAGAUAUACUUAUGUUUCGAGAGGAGUUUUUCGUAACAAGUGAUGGUUUGUUGGCAUUCUUACUCUCAGCAGGCUUAUUGAAUACAAAGUAUUCUUCCCCAUCAUUAGUCUCAACCCUGCGAAAUUUGUUCAUCGUGGUGAGGUUACUACGUUUGGGGGGAAAUUUCUUAGAACAACUUGCAGAAGUUCUAGUCAUUUUAACAUCUUUCGAUGAGGCUUUAUUUACAGGGGUACUGGUAUCUAAAUCAGUUCCUAGUUCCAUUGGCAGGUGUGGUUGUUGUGUAGUUUGCUGAAUGCUAGUUUCAGCACUAGGUGUCUGU